AAGAAUCAUGCAUAUCUCUGCUCAGAUCAGAGUGUAUAGGACAUCUAAGGACAUCUCUUCCACAUUGGCCAAGGCUAUUACAAGCCAGGCUGUGUAACAGACCGCCAUAUGAUCGUUAUCAAGCUCGGUGCCAUUUACAGAUCAUCCAAGUUAGCUAGCUUUCAUUGAUAUCAACCAGUGCAAAAUGCCUUCGGGUGAACGAGCUGCAUUCAAAGCAUCACGACUCAGCCCUACAACCUUCCUAAUCGUCGAACAUUCCGACAUUUACGAAGAACAUCCAUUCAUCUACGCGAAGAUCGUUCCUGAUGCCAGUACGAUCCUUCUACUCGACACAGGUUGCGGAGGGGCGACUAAGGACGAUGAGAUUGAGAUCAGUAGUUUGAGAGAAUUCAUUGGGACAGUGAAAGUUGACGAUAACGGCGGCCAGCCGUUGAAUGAAGGAGGAAAGAUGAGAUAUGUCGUUGUUUUGAGUCAUUGUCAUUACGACCACAUCUUGGGUAUAGAACACUUUGCUGAUGAUAGUCCUGUGUACGCGUCCGCCCAUGCACCUGAGUUUCUUUCUCCCGAGGUGCUACCCAGACAUUCGCUAUGCGAAGACCUCGAUAUCCAGACACCAAAGUAUACACCCACUCUCCUCCCCCACAAAAGUGGUAUCCCUACUCCAGGCGGCAGCGCAGCAUUACCAGACGUAAAGUUGCUUCAUACACCAGGUCACAUACCAGACGAACUUGCGUUAUGGGACGAAGCCGAGAGGAUGCUCUAUGUCGGAGACACAUUGUACGAAUGGGCUCACCUUCCCCAACGAAGGGUCCAUCGUCACCUGGCUUGACACAGUGGAUAUCCUGUUGGAAGUGGUAGAGCCCCACGAUGAUGCGAAGAUUAACUGCGGGCAUGUCACCGCCAGCAAACCUGCGAAAGGUGUCCUCCAAGGAGCCAAGGCCUUCAUGCUGGAUGUCCUGUCAGGCAAAGAAGAAGUUCGAGAUCGUUUCGAGAAGAGGGGUGAGAUGUGCGUC